AUGCAGAUGGAGAGACAGCUAGGAGGUCGUCUGAUUGAUGAGCCCCACGUCCUGCUGUUUAAAGACAGCUAUCACAACCUGCGACUCUCCAUCCACGACAUGCCCCAGGCGCACUGGAGGAGCAAACUACUGGCCGGAUACCAGGAGAUCCCGUUCUACCACAUCUGGAACGGUUCCCAGCGGUACCUCCACUGUACCUUCGCCCUAGAGCGCCUCAGCCUCAGUACCUGUGAGCUCACCUGUCAGCUGUGUGUCUGGCAGGUGGAGGGGGAGGGACAGAGCUUCAGCCUCGACUUCAACAUCGCCAAGGACUGUCGGCCCCUGGACUCGGAGUUCCUGCUGAUGGACACUAACCCUAACGGGAUGGCUCUAGCAGGACCCAGUGCUUUCCAGAUCCCCUAUCUGAUCAGGCAGAAGAUCUGCAGCAGCUUGGAUACACCUUGUCCCAACGGGGCCGAUUGGAGACUGCUGGCCCAGAGACUCAAACUGGACAGGCACAUGAGUUUCUUUGCAUCCAAGGCGAGUCCAACCAGUGUGAUUCUGGACCUGUGGGAGGCCCAACACUUCCACAGUGGAAACCUGAACCAGCUGGCCACCGUCAUGGCCGACAUCGGCAAGCAGGAAGCUAUGAUCUUCCUGGUCUCAGACGGAGACUGCUAGCCCUGGCUCUGUCCCAAUUCUACACCCUAUUCCCUAGAUAGUGCACCAAAGUAGGGGACUACCUAGGUAUUAGGGUGCCAUUUGAGAUCGGUCCCCUAAAGAGGGAGAGGACUUGAACAGGGUAGAAUUUACAGACACAAGAGAGAAGAGAAGAGAAGAACACUCCCUCUCCCUCCUCUCCUCGAUGAGAAAAGAGGAGCUAAACAGAACCAGGAUUUGGGAACAGGGUUCAUGUAUGUUAUGUUAGAUCUAUCUAUCCUCCCAUGUCUCCAUUCAGAACCCGGAUGUCUGGAGAAAGCAGGACCUGGGAGUGAGCUGGUCCUGUGAGGUUGUUUCUGGGUGAAGUGCUUUUUGUCAAAGUAAGGCAGGGAUUCAACCCGUGUAGUGCUGUCGACAAUGCAUAUUUUAAAGGCAAUGUGCCCACAUUUUGCGGAGAUCACAUUCAAGGGUAAAACGCUGCAGAUGUCGGCUCGAUUGGUUUUGCCUUUAAAAGGCGCGUAGUCGACAAAACAUGAACGGAUUGAAUCCUGGUCCAGAGCUACUAUGCCACAGGACUGUAGAGGACAUCUGGUACACGGUAUGGUAUACCACUAUGGCAGACAGGUGUACAAAGACCUCUUUAUGUUGUUUAAAGUCAAGUUCAGUAGCCAUCAAAAGGUUGAACGUAUAACCUUAUAUCCAAGAGACUUAGGAUCAGAUGACCGACAAGCAUUUACAACACAUGGGCCAUACUUGGCCACAAAGUAGCAAUAUGCAAAAUAAUCAUAUUAUCCAUCACGAAAGGACAACGUCAAGUUGGAUCGUUUCUGCUUAUGUUAGUCAGAGACAAACACGAUCACGUUCAAUAUCUCAUCUAAACCCCCCCCAGAGAAAUUGAACUGUUUUGCCACUCUCUUACCAAUGUGUGGUCAAACAGCAGAGUAGAUUUAUUUCUGCAACUGGCUCGACCAUAUUGUGAAGGAAAACACAAGGUUAUCACUAGGGUC